AAUGCUGUCUCACCAUCACCAGAUUAUGUUGGAAUUCCAAUGAGGCCUAAUCACUCUAAACCAGAUCAUUCAGCAACUGGUAAACAUCCACCACCUACCGUUCGUCCACCGCCUACUGUUCGUCCACCUCCUGCAACCCCAGCGAGAUGCAGUGGGCUGAAUAGGGAAGAAUUAGCAGCUUGUAUACGUCGUCAAGUAAACAAUGAUCUCUGCAAGACUUAUAACAUAUGUUAAUUACAUGAUUAUUAAUAAAAUUAAAUUAGAAGCACAACUUUGCUUCGAAUUGUGAUAUUGUAUUAAAUUAUGUAGUACUAUUAUCAAUCUUGUUUUAGAUAAACAAUCAAUUAGAUGAUUUGUAAAACUUUGUUUCAAUUUUUUAUUUUUUUUUAAAAGUUGAAGACGCCUGAAA